UCACGUGUGCUGGCAACCAGGCGCCGAUCUGUCAGCGCCACAGCGCGGUUCUGCCAGCGGCGGCGGCAGCAGCAGCAGCAGCACCGUUCACUCCGCUCAGCCUCGACCGGCCCGCAUGGUUCUGCUCCGGCACAUCUCCGUCGCCCUCACCGCCGCGGUGAGCGCCGUCGGAGCCGCUCUGUUCGUGGCCGUGAAUUUGUUAUACAAGAGGCGGGUAUGGACGCCGGAAGACUACUACGUGUUCAAGGAGGAGGAGGAAGAGCAGAGGGAGAGGCAGGUGUUAGUCCUUGGCUUGGAUGGCGCUGGAAAGAGCAGCGUUCUGCAGGGGCUGAGUGGAGUGGCCAACAAGAGACGAUGUAAACCCACGCGUGGCUUCAACUUUAUCCGUCUUCACACUCCUGCCUGCCAGCUGGAUUUUCUAGAAAUUGGAGGCGGUGAGGACUUGCGUGUGUACUGGGCCGAUUUCAUGAGGAGAACGCACAUCUUGUUGUAUGUAGUGGACUCCUCAGACCGAAGUCGACUCCCACUGGCUAAGGAUGAGCUCCACCGUUUGCUCAGGGUUGACACUCAACUCCCAGUAGUAAUCCUAGGAAACAAACAGGACAAGCCAAAUGCGGUUAGCGUCCCUGAACUGCGUGACGCUCUUUCUCUGAGCUCACUGGUGGACCAGAGGAAGCUCUUCUUCCUGUCCCUCCAGCUGAGCUCCGUGGGAGCUACGGCAGCCUGCAGCCUCCAGUGUCUCCAGGAUCUCCUGUUAAAACUGGUGUGAGGUCAGGGUACAAGCAAGCUUGUGUCUGUAAGUACUGAGAAAGGGAUCAUUAUCAAAGAGCAAGUCUGAGAUAAUGAUAAUGAUAAAGACUCACCUGAGGUGGACUGGAAGAAAGCACAAUGCAAAAGGAUUGUUGGUAUACAAACACUUGCUGUGUUGCUCAUCAACACUCAAGGCAAAUAAGGGUAGCAUCCAUGACGCCACUCACGAUAUACCGUGGCUUAUGUUCUGUUGUCAUAAAUUAUUCUAGUCAAUGAAAACUGAGGUGCGAUACCUUCAUUUUUGCGUAGGUUCUUGAGUUUCCAGGUUUAUUACAACUUGUGAUAGGAUAUAUUUUGCCUACUUUGAUGACCACAAUGAUUGUUUGCAGUUUUACAAUGGCGUAUUGAAUGUCAUCUGUGCAUGCAAGUACUUCUGUUAUUUUGGUAGUUUAUGGUUUAUCAUUGAAUGCUUAGGUUUGCCUCAAGCAUGCUGCACUGAGUUAAGCUGUAGCCAACAGUUGAUACCUCAGACAUCUUUAAGUAACAUUAACAUAAAUGUGAUAUAGGUUUCAAAUGCCGUCUUUUUUUUUGCACAUUUGACAACAGUCCCCUUUACUGUAUAAUCAAGGACUUGUUAUGCAAGUGAUUAUUUACUGUUGCAUAAGUACAGCACUGCUGACAUAACUGGAAUUUUAAAAUAUUGAUUACAUUGUUAUUAUGAAUGUUAAUGAUUAUCCAGUGUUUAAUAAAUCACCAGUAAGGAGUUUAACUAGCUUAAUCUCAUUAGACCAUAUUAGAUCCAUCUAUAGGCGUUUAGUUUACCACUUCAUAGUUAACUAGGUAGGUUUUGUUGACGCCUGUAAUCUUAAAUGUGCUAUACUGAACCGUUAUGCAGACCACAAAUAAUGGUCACUAACAGCUUCAGUUGGAAGAGUUUAGUGCCAAAAUGGGGUUUUAGGCCAGAUCAUUUUGCAAAUGCUUGGAAUGGAAUACAUUUUAGUAUUAAGCAAAAAGCUCUAAACAAAGCUUGACUGGGAGGCUUGUGACUGAUGCCGUUUACUGCAAACUGCAGACUACUGGGCUGAAUUUCAGCCAUAGGUGCAGUAUUCUACAGGCAUGAACCACAACCUAUCGUAUUCAUGUUUAUUUUAUGGAAAUGUUACCUUAUAUUAUAUUUGAAACAUGCAUAUGCCAAUUAAGAAGUGUUUACUAACAAGGCUAAGAGGCAAGUAAAAGUGGCAUACAUCUUAUGUUUUAGACAUUCUUACUCAUGGGCCUAUCACUUGAUUACUGUUAUAAAAAAAUCAUUGCACAUUUAAACUGCAAGUGACUUGAAAUAUAAAUAGGCCCCCCUUUGCCUUGGAGCUAGUUGGGGAAAUGCCUUUAGAAAAUGCAUUUGUAUCAAAUGAUGUUCUGAAAUACCAAUAGUUUCCAUUGUACUUUAUAUAAAAACGGGGUGGUACAAGGAUAAACGUACUUGGAACAGAAUCCUUUCACAGUUACAUAAGAUAGGCAUAAUACAUUAGGAUCAGCGUUUGUCUUAUAAGCCCUACAACCCGAUAUGAACUCACUCAGCUGCAGUUAUACGCAUUCUGUGCUCUGGCACAGUGAAAUCAUUCUGGAUGUUGAGCCAAAAUGAAUAAACACAGAAGGCAAAGUCUAUGUAUAUUACACUUGACCACUUGUCUUGUAUAACAAUACUAUCCAUAGUAUGUUUGCUGCAACACAGUGUUUGAAAUAAAGAAAAAGUGUGAUUUUUGUUGAAAA